GUAUAGCCGGAGAUGGCUUUCUCCGUAGUCUCUAAACCCACGUGCUACAAUAUGACAUUGCCUUGUCCAAGCUUUUUGUUUAAGACAGUAAGGUUUUUCAGUAAACAUUCCAUUGGCAUCACAACCCUGAAUCACCUUCCAAUUAUUCAUGUGAAUGCAACGUUCAACAAUACCAUAGUAACGGUCACUGAUAGUGAUGGGAAAACCGUAGCCUGGUCAUCUGGGGGACUUGAAGGAUAUCGUAAUGCAAGAAAAGGAACAACAUUUGCUGCUCAGUCAGCUGGAUUGACAGCUGCUAAGAAAGCUUUGGAUUUUGGUUUUAGCACUGUAAGAGUUAGAGUAAAAGGAGUAGGCCCAGGAAGACAGUCUGCAGUGAAGGGUAUAGAAGUUGCAGGUGUCUCCAUUGCUAUGUUGCAGGAUGUUACUCCAGUCCCUCACAAUGGCUGUCGGGCAAAGAAGCCAAGAAGGCUGUGACAUCACACCAUAACUGUAUUGGAAUCACUGUAGUAUCUUUUUAAGCAUAAUAAUUAUAAGUGCAGUACUGUAUAAAAUAUAAGUCUUUUUGCUUUAAUUGUCAUGAUUUGCAUUAGCAGAAGUCAAUAAGGCCUGUUUAAAAGA